AUGUCCAUCCUCGGCAAGAACCACCCCUUCCGCAUCCGGAUCGUGACCGAUGGAAAGCUCGGCGAGCUGGAGCGCCGGGAGGCGCAGCGCGCGGCCCUGAUCGGCAUCCACGGCUGCGGGCGCCCGCGCUGCCGCGUGGACCAGGCCGUCGAUGACAUUCGCCAGACCAUCGAAAUCGUCACCGAGACGAGCUCCCUGCUGGAGAAGGACCCCGGCCUGCGGGAGCUCUUCUCGCCCUGCCGGCAGGCGCAGCGCGAGGAGCUACGCCGGCGGCGCCGCCGUCGCCAGCAGCAGCAGCAGCAGGACCACCACCACCACCACCACCACCACCACCACCAUCCCCACAGCCACCAGCAGCAUGCCCGCGACUCGGAGCGCGAUGGCGACUUCCGCAGCCACAGCGAUCAGGGCUCGGACUCCGAGGCGAGCUUCUCCGACCGGACGGGCUCCGAUUCGGAGGAUGCAAGCCCGGGCCCGAGCCGGCGCGGGCGGCCGCGCCCGCAGCAUGUGUGUGGCGAGGCCUGUGUCAAUGCCUCCGGCCAGGACAUCGAGCUGCGCGUCCCUCUGCGCCGUGCCGCUUACCCAGGCAGCACCGUCGGUGGGGGGGCCGAGCAGGACGGCUACGAUGGCGAUGACGACCGGUACUGGGAGCGAGGCUUUUUCGAGCACAUCGGCCAGCGGCCGGCGGGCGAUCCCACGGCCUGCGACCAUGACCACGACCACGACCACGACCACGACCACGACCACGACCACGACCAGGACCGGCAUGGCCGCCAGUCGCGAGAACGGCGCCUGCAAUCCCGCCACCGAGACGAAGACGCCGGCGCCGAUGGCCGCCAGCCUGGCCGGGCCCGUGGCACCCGGGCCCGGACUCGGGCCCGCUCGCCGCUCCUGUCCCCGGAGGCGCCCGGCCUCGGGCGCCUCCAGCCCCCCUCCACGCCCUUCGGCCUGGGGACCGAUGAGCACCUGCCGGCCGAUGAGGAGGAGCUCAUCUACCGCCGCCUGGCGGAGGACCAACUGUCACAAGUGUUCUUCACGUGGAUCCCCCAGUCGAGUCGGGCGGCUCGGCGCUCGAGCACCGUCGCCCGCCGGGCCAGCGCCGACGAGAGCGACUUCUCCAGCGACGAGGAGGGGGAAAUGCCCCAGGCCGAGGAUGAUGCCCAGCCGGGGCCCGGCGGCAUGGAUGCCCGCCAUGCCGCCGGGCCCCGGCGCCCGGAGGCCCUCUUGCCGUGCCCCUGCCCGGAUGCGGACUGCGAGUGUCACAUUCUCAGCCAGACGCUGCGCCGGCGGCGGGCCACGCUCGAGCUGUCGGCCGAUCGGCGCCCGGCCGCCGGGCCCGGCAGCAAGCUCGGGCCCGGCGACGAUUCGGACAUCCGCGGCCUGCUGAACCGGCCGGUGGAGGCGGCCCUCUUUUGCCCGGACUGCCGGCUGAGCUGCCUGGUGCCGCACGAGCGCCAGCCCGGGCGCCGGGGGCCGGCCCGGCGCGAAGCCCGCCCCCGGCCCGGCCCGCCCCCGGCCCUGGACCAGAACCACCAGCAUGAGGAUGAUGUGCGCGAGGCCACCGGCCAGGCCCUGGCCCUGGCGCACCUGCAGGACUCCGGGUCCCCGGUGACCGACGAGAUGUCGCUCUUCAUCGCGGCCGGCGGCGCGGUGCCGGACGCCGAUGACUACGACUCGACGCACGGCGGGCACUGGCACGACUUCGGCCGGGUGGCGCGCCGGCAUCCGCCCAGCGUCUGCACCGGGUGCCAGCUGUGCCGCGGCAGCAGCGUCGGCGAGGAACUCAUCCGCAAGGCGCUGCUGGUGCUGGCCGGGCGCGAUGCCAAGGCGCGCGAGCGCCUGCGCCGCCAGCUGGAAGACCACUCGAAUGCCGCGGCCGCGGUGCUGGCCCUCGGCGAGGAGGGCCACCCCCAUGACCCGGGUGUCAGCGGCUGCGACGACCUGCUCGGCGACGAGAGCGAUGACAUCACCCCGGACGACAGCGAGGAGGAGACCCUGACCGACAGCGACACCGAUCCGGAGGACGACUCCGGCAGCCGGUCGGGCAUGGGCGGCCCCGGAGGGGCGUUCGGCCAGGAAGACCCGGCCUGGGUCCGGUGCCAGUGCGGCAUCGGGCCCGGCAUCAGCCGCGAGGCGGUCCCCCGGGCCCGGGCCCACUCGUCGGUCCUGCACGCGGGUCAGAGCAUCCUGCCGCCCGGGCGGCCGCACACCCCGGGCGAGUACAUCCGCGCGGGGAUGCGCCCGCCGGCCGCCCCGGCCGGCCAGCUGCUCGGGAGCUUCGUGUCCCCGGCCCCGGGCGGCGGCUUGCGCUUCCACACGGCCCCGGCCCCGGGGCAAGGGCCGGCCGCCCAGGGCCCCGGGCCCAUGGCCGGGAUCUUCUCGCCACCCGGGGGGACCGGCGGCCCGGGCCCCGGGCCCGGCGUCGACAUCGGCCACGGGGCCGGGCCCGGGGCCCGGCGCGGCUCGGCGCCCACCGGCACCGCGCCCGGGCCCGGGGCCACCCACCGCCGGCCGCCACACGUCACCCCGGUCACCCAGCAGGCCGGCGAAUUUGGCGAGGUGCUGCAAAUCGCCGAGCGCAUGUGGCGCGGCGACGCCGGCAUGCUGAAGCGCGACUGCGUGUCGCCCACCGGGGCCCCCUGGUGCGAGCCGCAGCGCAUCUCGCCGUUCCCCGGCUUCGCCGGGCCCACCGGCGCGCCGGAUGCCGGGGUCGGCGGGGUCCACGGCCUACCCGGCAUCAGCUGCUGGUUCAUCCUCACCUUCGCCAAUGUCACGGUCUUCGAGACGCCGGCCGGCUUGGUGCUGGUGGAUUGCGGGCACUUUUCCUUCGCGCCGGCCAUCACUCGGCGGCUUCGCGAGAUCAGCCCGCUGCCCAUCCGCGCGGUCAUCCUGACGCACGGCCACGCGGACCAUUGCACCGCGCUGCCGGAGAUCGAGAGCUCCUUCCGGCAGACCGUGUCGCAGACGCUCUUCGCCGCGUCGCCCCAGAAGGUGCGCAACUCGCUGCACCUGGCGCAGGAUGGCGGCGUCGGCAUGGCGGCCCCGGCCGCGCCUGCCGACCCCGCGGCCGCCGACCCGCACGAGGGGGACCACCUGUGCGCGGCGGCCGCCAGCCUGGUGGCCGACGGGGGGAUUGUCGUCGUGUCGCACCGGUCGCUGCCCGGGCGCUUCGAUCGGUAUGGCCUCCUCCGGGGGCACAACCUCCGGGCCAACAACCGCCAAUUCGGCGCCCAGAGCUCCAACUGGCCGCGGAAGUUCCGGUACCCGGAUCGCAUGUUCCACCGGGCUGCCCGGCUGGAGCUGGCCGGCCUGCGCCUGGAGAUCCGCCAUCGGCGCGGCGAAACCGACGACGCGUCCUACGUGUGGGCGCCGGAUCUUGGCGUGGUCUGCACCGGGGACUUCUUCAUCUGGGCCGCCCCCAAUGCCGGGAACCCGCAAAAGGCCCAGCGCUAUGCGGUCGAGUGGGCGGUGGCCCUGCGUGAGAUCGCGGCCCUCGAUGCAUGGGCCCUGCUACCGGGGCAUGGGCCCCCGAUCAUCGGGUCCGAUCGGGUCCGGCGCGCCCUCACCGACACGGCCCUCUACCUGGAGUCCCUCUGCCGGCAGACCAUCCGCGAGAUCAAUCGCGGCCGCAUGCUGGACGAUGUGGUGCGCCGGGUCCGGCCGCCGGCGCACCUGGUCGGCCGGCCGUACCUCUUCGCCACCUAUGACGACCCGGUGUUCGUGGUGCGCAACCUGUGGCGGCAGUAUGCCGGGUGGUGGUGCCGGGACCCGGCGGUGCUCCGGCCGCCGGCCGCCCGGGAAACCGCCCUGGAGGUGGCCUCGGCGGCCGGCGGGGCAGCCCGGCUGGCGGCCCGCGCGGCUCGGCUCGCCGCCGCCGGCCGCCUGUCCCUGGCCGCGCAGCUGAUUGAGUGGGCCCGCCGGGCGGCCGACAUCGAGGCCCAGGCGGCCGCGGCGGCGGCCGCCGCCGGGACCGGGGCCACCGGGGUCGGGCCGCCGGCCGCCGGGCUGGCCGCCACCGACCCGGAGCUCUGGGAGGCGGCCAUGGCCAUCAGCCUGGCCGGGGGGUAUGGGCUCCCGGCGCCCGGGUACCAUGGGCAGGCCCGGCUGGCGGCCGGGGCGAUGGCGGCGGCCGCGGCGGCCGCGGCGGCGGCGGCCGCCAUGGCCGGCGGCCCGGCCGCCGCGGGGUACCCCUCGCCCGCGGGCUUCCCCGGCGCCGGGAACCCGGCCCUCGGGGCCGCCGCCGCCGGCACCCCGCACGGCAUCCAUGGCCUGGCCGCGGGGAUGCCCUUCGACCCGCUGGCCGACGCCGGGGCCGCCCUGACCGCCGCCCUGGAAGCCUUGAACCUGGCGCCGAUGCCGGAGCCGGCGGCCGGCGUGCCGACCGCCGUCGGGCCCCGGCCGCCGCCCGACCGCCCGGCCGCCCCGGCCUCCACCCCGUUGCUGGUGCAGAUCCACCGGAUCCGGUCGGCCAUCUACGGGCGCCUGGCGGCCGCCGAGUCGGCCCGCAUGGCCCGCGGGACUUUCAAUGCCGCGCGCAUGGACAGCGAGCGGGCCCUCGGGAGCUGGAAGUGGCGCCGGGCCGAGGCGGCCGGCGCCGCCCGCCGGGCCAUCGCCCGCGCCGGCAUCACCUACGAGGCCGCGCGCACCCUGCAGGCGGUGCGCACCUACUCGGCCGUGUGCCGGCGGCGCCUGCGCCAGGCGUCGGCCACCACCGGCCAGGCGGCCCGCGCCGUCGGGACCGCCCUCAAGUCCGUGGUCAUGGUGAUGAUCAUCACGGUCGGGGCCCUGGCGGCCGUGGUGGCCGGGACCGCUCGCGCGGCGGCCUUCCUCUGGCCGGCGGUGUCCCGGCGCCGGGCCGGCGGCUCCGCCGGGGCCGGAUCCCGCGACCAGCCCGGCGGCCACCAUGCCGGCAUGGCCACCGCCGGCGGGGGGGGGGGCUCCGGCCCCGGCGGCCCGGGACCGGCUGCCAUGCAGGGCCUCGGGGCCGACCCGCGUGCCGGCCACGGCGGCCCGGGCCUCGGGGCCGACGGCUUCGCUGGCGGCCUCCCGGCCGGCGGCAGCCCGGAAAAGAGCAAGCUCAAGGCCCUGCUGAUGGCGUACUCGGCCGAGGCCGGCGGCAGCGGCCCCGGGCCCGGAGCCCCGGCCCGCGGGCCCGGUCGCGCCCCCGACCGCCGGACCUACGACCUGUGGGGCAAUCCCGUCCCCAUGGCCGGCGGGGCCCCGGCGGCCGGCGGCAUGGGGACCUCCUCUCGGGCCGGCUCGCGGACGUCCUCCCCGGUGGCGGGCUUCGCCGCCGCCGGCGGCGGCGGGACACGCGCCCGCCGGAAGACCGACCCCUCGACGGGCGGCCCCCCACGCCGGGAGCCCUUUUCCUGGUCGGUGGAGGGGGCCUACGAGCAGGGCCGCUGA